UGAUUGUCCAUCCUCCGACUUGUCCCAGUUCCGAUUACUUCACAGACUUGCGUUGAUCUCACUCCCCCUCCACCUCCUCCCAUCUACACCUGUCACUAGAUGGCAGCUUUUGACUUGGUCCCUGUUAUCUGAUUUAGCUGUUCCUCUCUCCCUCCUAGUUGAUCAUUCGUUAUGGAUCCAAAUGAGCCACCAGAGCCAACACUACCGUCGCAGGAGCAGAUGCGCCAACGACGCCUCGCAAAACUAGCCGGGGCAAAUGCUGCACCGACAAAUUCGAAGCCUAGCGAUGCGGCAAAGCCCGAAUCCCCAACACCUACGCCUGGUCUGUCCAGCCAGGCGAUCGCCCGACCAGCUACUUCUCCAAAUCAGCAAACGAAUACAAUACCUUCGCCUCAGCCGCCUCGUCAAGCCCCACCAACAAAUCCAUUCUCGCAGCUCACAACGAACAAGUCAGACCCUGGGAAUGAGGCAGCUACGAGUUCAGCAACAGCUCCGCCAACAAAAAGGGCGCAAGUUACGAAGGAGGAGACUCUUGAUGAUUGGUCUAACCGGGUCCUGAGUGACAUAUUCCGUGUCACGCUAGACGAGACCAACACAACCGACAGCCGUGGCAUCCGGCUCACGUAUCUCCCAGACCUCCGAGCCGAGCUUGAGGAGUCUGGCGAUCCGGUCAAGCUUACCACUUCAUCAAUUGACACGGCCAUCCUCGAAGCCGCCCGGUGCGUACCGCUAAGCAAGGCUCUGCUAGAUUAUCUAUUGCCAUGUUGGAAGCGUGUGAUGAAGGCUACCAAGCCUUCUAGACCCCUGCCUCUCGAAAGACAAGAAGUCCUAGACGAAGCCAAGCGUCUAUGCAUGAGUAAUUGUAUAUUUGCGCUUACCAUGCCGGAGUACUUUGGCCGAGACUCUAAUCCGAAUCACGAUUCUCUUGUGCCGUAUCUUCUCCGGCACCACGAAAACGAAGAUGGUAUCUGCUUAGAUUUCUUCACCGAAGCUGUCUCCCGCAUACCAGAGGAUGAUGGCGUUGCUGGUAUAUUCACAGAUGCCAUGAUCAUUAUGAGCGAGAGAGUCGCUGGGAUGACCAUGAAUGAUGAUUAUAAACCCUACAUCAACUCCCUCGUAACAUAUGCUCGGUUCCCUCCGUUACUCAAUGCCCUCGCACGACACCCACGUUUCCACGUCAACCCCACAGCGGAUAUGACCAAGGAACAAAUAGCCGUAGCGAGCGAAACUGAGACACUCUUGGGGCCAUUUUUCCGCAUCUCACCACUACAGACAGAGGUUACGAAAUCGUACUUCGCUAGCCCGCGGACCAUCGACCCGGGCCAUGUCAAGUCUUCCCAGAGCGCACUGCAGAUGACACUGAAAGCGCAUCAGGGGGACCUUACAAGCAUCACCAACGCAUUCGUUCGAGCAAGUCCUGCUUCUCGGAAUAGCACUCUCGAUUGGUUUGCCUUUGUCGUGAAUACUAACCACAAAAGACGUGCCUUACAGGUCAAGGCUGCGGAAGUGGCUUCUGACGGGUUCAUGGUCAACGUAACGGCUACUUUGGAUCAGCUAUGCCAACCCUUUAUGGAUGCGACUUUCUCCAAGGUCGAUAAAAUAGAUAUCGACUAUCUACGUCGCGAACCCCGGGUCGAUAUGAGCGAUGAAACCAAACUGAACGCCGACCAGGCGACCUCGGAGACGUUUUAUCAGUCGCGUGUCUCAGGGUCGUCCAAUUUUAUUUCAGAAGUUUUCUUCCUAGCCCUAGCUUCCCAUCAUUACGGUCUCGGGGCAACCAACUCAAAACUGAAGGAUCUGGACAAAGACAUCAAGCAUAUCGAGAGAGUCAUUAAGCUUAUCGAAGACGAACUGCCUAAAUUGGAGGGUAACCAAUUACGCCUUCAUGUAGCGAAGCAGCAACUUCAGAACGCAGUCAACGGGCUCGAGAAAUCAAUAGCACUCAAGCUCGCCAUAGAAGGAGUUGUGUUAGAUUCAUCCAUGCAGACAUUGUCACUACAGUUUAUGAGAUACGUUGCCGUCUGGCUUCUUCGAGUCGCUAGUGGCACGGACUAUAAGCCAGGCAAGGAUUUCAAGCUUCCACUCCCACCUAUUAGACCAGAGGCCUUUAGCUGCCUUCCGGAAUAUGCCCUUCAAGACGUCGUGGAGAACUUCAAGUUCGUUUUCCGCUUUCUACCCCAGAUUUUGAUGUCCGCUGUUGGGGACGAGAUCAUCAUGCUAUGCAUCACGUUCUUGCGUUCUUCUGACUACAUCAAAAAUCCCUACCUAAAGUCGUCCCUGGUAACCUUACUUUUCUCCGGGACAUGGCCGUUAUAUCAUCUCAGCAGAGGGGUCUUGGGCGACACGCUUGUAGGGUCACCUUUCGCCAAUGAAUAUCUACUACAUUCCCUGAUGAAGUUCUAUAUUGAAUGCGAGCAUAGUGGCGUUAGCUCCGCAUUUUACGACAAGUUUAACAUCCGCUACGAAAUCUUCCAAGUCAUCAAGUGCAUCUGGCCUAACAGUGUCUACAAGGAGCAGCUCAGCCAGGAAAGCAAGAUCAAUCGGGAAUUCUUCGUGCAAUUCGUCAACCUACUCCUUAAUGACGCAACCUACUUGCUUGACGAGGCGUUAACCAAGUUGGCCAAGAUUCAUGACUAUCAGAAACAGCUACACGAUGUAACGCUAACUGCUGACGCGAAAGAGAAGAUCAGGACAGACUUGGAAGCGGCGGAACAGCAAUGCCAAUCCUGGAUGCAGUUGGUGAACGACACCAUGGGCAUGAUGAAGCUGUUCACGGCCGCUCUACGCGAUGCGUUCACCAUGCCCGAGAUAGUCACAAGGUUGGCCGGUAUGCUGAAUUACAAUCUAGAGUCACUAGUUGGCCCAAAACGCGGCAACCUGAAGGUCGAGGACGCCAAGAAAUAUCACUUUGACCCCAAGACGCUCCUAUCAGAUUUCAUCGACAUCUACUUAAACCUUGCCCCAAAGACCACCUUUAUCGAAGCCGUCGCGUCAGACGGACGUUCCUACAAGCCGGAAAAUUUCGAGACGGCAUCUAGAUUGCUCCAAACCAGUCUUCACAAGGCUCCAGAAGUAGUUUCCGCCUGGGAGUCGCUGAAGACAAAGUUUGCUGAGGCUAAGGAACGUCUGGAUCAGGCCGCACUCGACUUGGGCCAAGUACCAGACGAGUUCGAGGAUCCACUAAUGGGCGAAUUAAUGAAUGACCCUGUCAUCCUCCCAUCGCACAACAUAGUAGAUCGUUCGACGAUUGUUCAGCAAUUACUAUCUAAUCCGCUUGACCCUUUCACGCGAAAGCCGAUGACUAUUGAUGAUGUUAUCCCGGCUGACGAUCUACGCGCCCGAAUUGCGGAGUGGAAGGCUGGGCGGAUUGCAGAGGCGAAGGCAAAGGCCUCGGGAGGAGGAGACGCGAUGGAUACUUCAGCUGAUUAAGGGGAUCGCGGGAAGGACAGGCCCCCGUAACGUCACAUAGAAAUUGCGCAAUGAGAUGGGUCACCGGCAGCAGGAAGGGCAUACGUGGAUGAGCACAGGAAACGCACUCGCAUUUCUGCCAAGUGUACCGACGUCACUUGCAACCACCCUACCACCCCCGUCUACACAAUGUGUCUAAAACUCCCAAGCUUUGAUCGAGAAUCGACAAAUGCCGCAGGAUCUUUAGGUAGAAAAUACGCGUCGCUAGUCUCCCGGUAUUUCAGGGCAGAGAAACGCAUAUAUAAUUACACGUUCCUCUUACGGAUGCCCGACUAGUUGCAUAUUAUGAAAAGCAGUUGAUUACAUGUCCGCGAUGCUCACAAGCAAGCAGGAUCCCGGGCGGAACUCAUCGUCAUUGGCGCUAGAAGGCUCAUCAAGAUACCCGGCAUGUGUUGGUGAUAGAGCCUCGGCUAGCAUUCAGACAAGAUGAUAAUGAUGCGCGGUGUUAAUUUCAACAACCAAUACUUCUUUUUUUAACAUAGCCUACACUCAUGUCAUCUCGUAGAGUUUCUUGACCCGCCCCCC